GAAAGAGAACUAUAAAAGAAAUGAAAAAGAAAAUAAGACAAAAUUCAGAGGCUUAGAACUUACUUACAGCCAUUAUAUAUACAUACAUACAUACAAUACACAGAUAAAAAGAUAAGCAAACAGAGAGAAGCAGAUGAAGAUGCGGAAACGGAGCUAAGGAGGAUUUUUCAAUUUCACCGCUUUGAUUCUCAGCCAAAUAUUUGGACCCUCUGGAUCGGUCCAUGAUCUGUUUGUAGAAGAUACGGGCAGAAGCGAGCUGUAAAUACAUGAUCGCGAGCUGCGGCUUUGGUUCGGGCUUUUGGUUUUAGGAUAAGCCAUGAAGCUUUGCUUUCAUAUUGCAUGCUGGAGUAAAUGCAAUACUCAUUCUGUUACCUGCGCUGUUCCCAUUUUCGGUUUGUAUUGGUACGGUGAAGCUCAUGGUGGAUUGAGGAUGCAUUAUACUGAUGGAUAGUUGUUGCUCCUGCAGUAACUAUGAGAGUCAGUGGGUCUGUCACGCCACAUGGUAGCAGGGAUUUGGGAAUGAUUUUGGAUUCUUACAUCUUUAAGAUGAACAACUGAAUUCCACUAAUUCUUUAGGAACAUUAGUGUCUUUGAUUUUGAUCCCAUCACCCAUGUGAAAAAUGCAUUUGUUGGGUCUAGAAAAGGAUUGCUAGAGUAAAAAAGCUAGUGCAAAGAUAAUUUAGGGCAUUUAGAACAAUAGAGUAAUAUUGGUCAUUGAUGGGAUUGCCUCAAGCUUCCUCCAGCACAAUUGCUGAGGAAAUGACGGCAUCGUUGAGCACGUUUGUACAAACGCAGAGUCGACUUGUUUCCUUGGGCAGUUGUGAUUUAAGUGGAAGUCAUCUAGGUCACCCAGGUAAUCGAGUUCCGGGGGAGUUUCCUUGUUCUUCUUUGAGGGAACUCUCAAAGGAUUCAGAUGCUCUCACCUUGCAUAAAGAUGGUGCGUCUCACAUACAUAGGUUGAAGAUCGGUACCACAGAAAAGAAUGGUUUGCUUGUUCAUAGAGGCGGACAAAAUGUGCAUCACCCUGUUUCAAGGAUUGUGGGGUUUGAACCCAGGGCUUUGGAUUCUCCUACCAAUGCAUUUGCGGGAAACCAACCAGGUGGUAGUCUUUCUUCUGAUUUGGUCAGUAGCAGCACUAAUGAAACUGAGAGCAUGAGCUUAUUAGCCAAGAAGCGCUUAUUGUCUCCUUUGAAUGGCAUGCUCAUGCCAGAUCAAUUUGAUGGUGAACCUCUUCAGAUCAGCAGCACCAUUGCUAAGAGUGGCUCCCAUAAUUUCUCUGUUCCUCAAGAGAGUAAGAAAGCUAACAUAGGUAGCUGCAGUGAUUUCAGUCCUUUGAUAGGGUUUGCAGUGCGUUUCUCAGGACAGAAUGAUUCCCUGGAUAAUUAUGCAACCAAGUCAAAUUUCUUCACUGAUAUCCCUUUGCUGAAGAACAAUGAGUCAGAACCUCUCAAUCCUUCUCCAACUUUACCUGGACUGGCUUGCUUCCAUGAAACAAUUAAACUAAGAUACCAAACCAAGGAAAUAUCCAUACCAACAAAGAAGGCGAUCUCUUCUCCUCUGUCUUUGUCUCCUCUUGGUCCAAAAUUCUCGGGAGGUCCAAAAACUUUAGGAGGAUGCAUGACUGCUAGAAAAGAGUUAGAUGUUAACUAUUUAACCUUAAAGGGUAUGGAGCAGUCACUUGAUGGACCUAUCUCUUGUUUUUUACCUGCCCAAAAAGAAGAUCCUAGAAUGGCUACAAAAUCACUUCAAGAUAUUGAUAUUCUGCGAAAAAAGUUUGACCAAUUCACCCCGGAAUGUGAAAUGAAGCUGGUCAGAACCUUGGGUGGGGCACCUGUUAGAAGGUCCUUGGUUGGUUCAUUUGAGGAGUCCCUGUUGUCCGGUCGUUUAUCAGCUGGGGUAACCAGUCAGAAAAUUGAUGGUUUCCUUGCAAUUCUUAGUGUUACUGGAGGAAAUUUCUCCCCACAUCCACAAAAGCUUCCAUUUGCAGUUACCAGUGUAGAUGGAGAUAAUUACCUAUUGUAUUAUUCAUCAAUAGAUCUUGCAGGCCAUUUUCCAUCAAAUAAGUGCAGAGGCUCCAAAAUGAAAAGAAGUAAUAGCAUUGAUCAUUCUCGAGGGGAAAAUAACUGCCUGCGCAUUCCUAUGAAAGGCUGCAUACAACUGGUUCUCAGUAAUCCAGAGAAGACACCUAUUCAUACUUUCUUUUGCAAAUAUGAUCUGAGUGACAUGCCAGCUGGAACCAAGACAUUCCUGCGCCAAAAGAUCACUCUAGCAGCCUCUGCUCCAACUUCCACAAUGGGUAAUGGAGGGCAGAAGGAUCCUAACAUUAGAACUUAUGUCAACAAUAGCAGGGGGUUUGCCAAUAAUUCAAGUGGAGUUGAUGUUGCACAUACAGUAGUAACUUCGGAGCAGGGUGCAACAAUGAUGAAAGCUGAAAGCCCUGUCUAUCCUAGAGAGGUAAAUGAAUCUGAAAUUGAAGCGAGGAUAGGCUCACUGCCCUUGCAUUGUUGUGGUGGUAUCAGUAAUGAACAUAAGAAAGCUGCUCGGGUGGAAACAAGUCCAUUGAGUGCACCUCAUUGGUCUGAAAGCAAAUUAGAGAGGAGCUCUUCAAAGGUCAAUGAGAGUACUGUGAAUUCUGGAGUCAUGCGGUAUGCACUUCAUCUUCGUUUUUUAUGCUGUUUGCGUAAGAAAUCUUCAAGGAGGGUGCACAGGUGUGUCUCUGAUCCUCUUUCUACACCAUCAAUCAAUGUGGACACCCAAGGGGAGCGGCGCUUCUAUUUGUAUAACGAUAUGAGGGUGGUUUUCCCUCAACGCCACUCAGAUGCCGAUGAGGGCAAGUUAAAUGUGGAGUACCAUUUCCCCUCGAAUCCCAAGUACUUCGACGCCGGCGACUGAGAGGUGAUGAUGUUCCUAAUGUCCGGGAAGAAUCCGAUUCCGUUUGCACAUACAUGUACAUAUAUCUUCAUUUGCCAUGGUUUAUUUCUCAGAUGGAUGGGAUCAAAAUGCCAUGUUCACCUGCAAAUGUGACCAACUUGGAGCGACGACUCUUAUUUCUGUUGGUUCAAUAACAUCCCCAAGGAGUCAUGAUAUGGCCGUACGCCUAGUAUAUAUAAAUAAAUAAACAAAUAAAGGUUACCAUUAGAAGAAAGGCAACAAAAAAGCAAAAAGCAAAAAGCAAAAAGCUCAAGCAUGGGAGGGAAUGAAAGAAAGAAAGACAUGAUGCACACUUAUUGCUUAGUUUGGCAAAGCGGUUUCACUGCUUAUAAGCUAUUAAGAAAAGUGGGUAAAAUAUUUAGAUGUA